UCCCUUUCAUCACUUCCUGCAUGUGCCACCAAUAUGGCAGCUCCCGUUGCUGUUCAUCUGGAGUUUGGAGGAGGAGCAGAGCUACUUUUCGAUGGCGUCAAGGAACAUCAGGUCACUCUACCGAGCCAGACUGAACCAUGGGAUAUGAAGCAGCUGCUGGUUUGGAUCCAACAGAACCUGCUGAAAGAACGACCUGAGCUGUUUGUCCAGGGAGACACAGUGAGGCCUGGGAUUCUGGUGCUUAUCAACGACGCAGACUGGGAGCUAAUGGGGCAACUUGACUAUCAACUCGAAGACCGAGACAACAUCGUGUUUAUUUCUACGCUUCACGGAGGAUAGAUAACGAAAAGGACAGAUGUCUUGAUGUGUAUAUAACAGUUCCAGCCUCCUCUCCACCUCCUCUGCACCUUUCACUCCCCGCUCUGUUCUCACAUCCAAACAACGACUCAGCCUAUUGGACGCCGACGAUGUGCCAGAGCCAUCACGAAGGGCUCGGCUGAUGCUUGUUCUGCAGGAAGGAGGGGAAUUUCAGGGUUGGCAGCUGGAAACCUGGAUUCCUCUUGAAGUCUCUGAUCAAGCUAGACGGGUGAAGAGGCCAGCCCUGAGGUUUUAAAUGAACAUUUGUGCCACCGAAAUGGAAAAGACAUUUAUUUUAAUCUUGCUGACCACUAGGACUUCUAUGUAUAGGAAGCAGUUUUGUUAAAAACCAUGUGAUUAAAUAUUAAAGGUAAAAUAUCAAAAACACAUCUGUAUUUAGUUACAGCCAAAUUGUUUCUACUUCUUUUCUUUGUGGAUGACAAACGUAUUGUUCGUUUUCAUUUAAUUUUACCUUCUUUGUUUUUUUUUUUCAAUAAAAUGGAAAUAAAUGGUUAAAGAAC